AUGGCCGCAAAGGUCGAGGCUGUUUUGCGACAAUACACUCUCGUUGUCACCCAUUCCACUAUUGCACCUGACGGUGUGUCUCGGAGGGCCUGGUUGGUAAACGGUACAACUCCAGGCCCCACUAUCGUCGCCGACGAAGGUGAUCAACUGAGCAUCAACGUGAUUAACAAGGGGGAUGAGCCCAUUACUAUCCACUGGCACGGUAUCGAGCAGCUCGGAACUCCAUGGUCGGACGGUGUCCCUGGUAUCACUCAGUACCCCAUCCCUAUCGGUAAAUCCUUCGUAUACAACUGGACCGCGACUCAAAUGGGAUACCACUGGUACCAUUCUCAUCAACACCUACAAGUGGAUGACGGUCUUCGUGGAGACAUUUAUCUCCGCCCCAAGCCUGGUCGCCAAAAUCCUUUCGGUCUCAUUUCUAGUGAUGCUGCAGAUAUUGCCGCCAUGAAGGUUGCUGAGCGCAAUCCACACAAGUUGUUCAUAUAUGACUGGAAACACAAGACUGCCGAUGAAUACAUGGAAGAAUGGAAACGUACCAUGGUUGAGCCUUUGUGUCUGGAUGAUAUCUUGAUUAAUGGAAAGGGACAAGUUGUGUGCCCGAGUCGUCAAAUAUUAGAUCCGGUGGUAAACCCAACUGUCGGAAAGGCAACGGAUAAGGGUUGCGCAUUUCCCAACAACACUAAAGUGUUUCCUUACGGGGGAGACCCUAACUCAGUAAAACCUGAAAUCUUUUAUGGGUGCAAGAAUACCACUACUGAGCUGGAAUUGCCCUGCAUCGCUGUGCCACCCAGCUCUCAUCACGUAUCGCCAGUUAAUGCGGCAAGCAUAUGGGAUCUCCGUGUGUCAAUCGACAACCAUACUUUAUACACGUUUGCGGCUGAUGGAUCUUACAUUCGUCCGAUUCAAUCUGAGUUCAUCGGUAUUCCCAUCGGAGAGCGAUUCCAGUUUUUCAUCAAGCUUGAUAAACCGCUGAAGGAUUAUACUGUUCGGGUUGCUGCUUCUGUCUUGCCUCAGCGUCUUAGUGGAUAUGCGGUAUUACAAUAUAAUGCCAAAGCUCCUGUCAAGCGCGAUAUGCUUCGGACUGAGACACCAACUAGAGUCAAGCGCACUGUUUACACGACUCCUCACCCGAAGAACCCUUACAUCGACUAUGCGGGCCAAGCUAUCGGGUCAGCUCGUGAGCUUAACCCCAUCGACAUCAAGCCAUUCCCUGCAAACCCCCCGCCAAAGCCUUCUCCUGAUCAGAUUGUGACUAUUCGCCUGGAUGCCGAGCGUACAUCAGAGCUCGGGUGGUUCUUGAACAAUAAGACUUGGACGGAGCUACCAGACUCGGCUACCCCCGUGUUGUUUGAUUACAACCAGGGAAAUGCAAUUGAUUCGCAUCUCAAGUUUACGACACUAAAAGGACAAUAUGUUGAUGUGAUCAUGGUAGUCACGAGUGGGAACCCAUCUUUGCACCCUCCCCACCCGAUUCAUAAACAUGGAGUGAAGGCAUGGUUCCUAGGAUGGGGCUCAGGAGGGUUCCCCUACAAGACAGUUGCUGAGGCUCAAGCCGCAGGCCUCCCAGGACUGAACCUAGUCGACCCACAGUACCGCGAUACAUUCGUCACUCCUCCUGGAUUGGGAGGUCAGAACUGGAUCGCUUUCCGAUUCCAAUCGACUGAUCCGGGUCCUAUGUUCAUGCAUUGUCAUAUCGACCCUCAUUUGGCGGUUGGAAUGGCCGUUGUGCUAUUGGAGGGAAUUGACCAGUGGCCUAAAACUCCAAGCUAUUACACGUCUCAGCAUUAA